AGAACCCCGAGAGAGAGAGAGAGACUCGGAGAAAGAGAAAGAGACGGAGAGAGAGCGUGCAGAACCAGCGCUCUCGUGCAGGAGAGGUGCAGGACGGUGUCGGCAGACUUCUACCUAUUACAAGACAUGGCUCUCAAUGUUGCAGCAGGGUCUGUCAACUGCAUUCCUACACAACUCUCUGCUGGUAGGAAACCCAAUUUAUCACUGAAUGCUUCUCCAGGUUGCACUGAAAUGCUGGUGGGCAGGACAGCGCUCCUUCAAAACAGCAAGAAACAAUUACUUCGGCGACGGCUGUGCAAACGGUGUGGUUUGCCUGGAAGGGAAGGUCUUGGAACAGGGUUUCUGAAGCAUCAUAAAAUUAACAGACACAGAAGGUUUGAGCCCCCACGCUCCUCUAUGGAGGCGACCACUACUGUCAAGCAGAACAGGGAAUGGGGAGACCUGGAGCAGCCUGACUGGUCCGGAGACAGCCUUUUGAGCAAGGUCAUCAACACUCUGAUUGGCAUCAAACCGCUGUAUUCUCUGAUGAAGGCAGGGGCGAGACGAAUGAUGAUCAGUACUGCCGAAAAGAAUGGUGUACCUUGGCGGCGACAUUUCAAGGAGCUUGAGACGUCAGACGUGUACAAAGAACUGGAGCUGAUUGAGGACAAGAGCAUUCUGUACCCAGACUACUACUUGCAGCCAUUUCAUGCAUACGACAGGGGAAACCUCUGCUGGCAGGCUGCUUUUGAAGUCGACUCUGCCUCCGCCUCGAUGGUGUUGCGUGGCGUUCCUCAAGCCAGCUCAGUGGACGAGGCGAAUGCAUACUUGCGGGGCAACUGGCUGGAACGCAUUCGAGAACACCACGAGAUGCACUCAGGUGGUCUGCCAGUGAAAAGAAUCGUGGACGUUGGGUGUGCCACAGGGAUCAGCACAAGAUUUUUGGCCAACAAGUUUGGUAGUGCUGAAGAGGUGCUGGGGUUGGACCUCUCCCCCUACUUCCUGUCGGUGGCCCAGUUUCGCGACCGGCAAGCUCGGGAAGCUGGCCAGCCCGUGCGGCCGAUUCAGUGGAUGCAUAAGCUGGGGGAAAAUACCGGAUUGCCCGACGAUAGCGUGGACAUCGUCUCGUUAGCUUUUGUGUUGCACGAGUGUCCCAACUCAGCUGCACGGGACCUCAUCCAGGAGGCGAAGCGGAUUUUGCGGCCUGGGGGGACGAUUGCUAUCAUCGAUAACUCGCCGAGAUCGAAGAUUAUCCAGAGUCUGCCUGCUCCUGUUUACACGUUAAUGAAGUCUACUGAGCCUUGGAGCGACGAGUUUUAUGGACGAAACCUGGCUCGCAUGCUAAGCGAAGCGGGUUUCAAGAAUGUUGAAGAGGUUUUGACCGAUGCACGCCACUCUACAAUGACAGGAACGGCUUGUUAGGUUGGCAACACAGGGGACAAAGACACAUAUACCCUUUUGUGGGAGUGCGAUUGCUAAAGCUCUGCCAGCACUGUUGAUUGCGUUAAAAAGGCAAGGCUCAUGCUAUCACACUAUUGAAGCGUCUAGUGUAACAUAGCACCUGUUCCAAGCAAAGCCUUGACCACCGCAAAAGCAACAUAAUGGGCAUCGAUAUCUGCCUGGCUUUUCAUAGUGUGCCGGCCAGGCGGCCAUGUCGAAUUAGCUGUAACUAUUUGUUGCACACGCUGCAUAGGAUAUGGUGAAGAACAACACUCAAGUCUCGCUUAGAAGAUUCCCUGUUGUUGGUUGAAUGAGUACUCCUUAAGUCUGCGC